UCUUCCUUCGCGCCGGCCGCCUCCUCAAUCCUCAUCCAGUGGCUCCUCCGAACUUCACCAGCCAGACUAGGACUUCGCCGGUCACUCCCUCCCCAAUGAUACUCUGGUUCCGUCCCCGUGAAGGCUCAUCCCAGAUCCACCCCGACGACUAAUCAUCGACUGGCCCGAACGGUCGCUGUCCUAAUGCCAGACACACGCGCAGUCGCCUCAUCGCUGGUUCCGUCCUGCCUCGGUUGAUUUUCACGCCACUAUAAAGUGAAUGACCUCCCGGCGCAGUUCAGCUCCUUGCUUGGCUCUCCUCCCACCUUCGAUCGCGCCGCCAUGUCGACCCUUCUUUUUGUCGCGACGGCCACCCCCGUCCUAUACCUGGUUUGGGUGCUCCUGACGCGCUGGCAACAUGCCCAGAAUGCCCGUAAAUGGAACUGCGGGGCUGUGCCCAGCUAUCCCGGCGACCUGCUGGGUGUCAACACCCUCAAGGAGGCCCUGCAGCUCGACAAGGAUCGGGAGCUGCCCAUGCUCACCCGUCGCCGCAUCGCCACUCUGUCUGCUCGCGAGAACCGCUACACCACCACCUUCCAGUUCCGCCAACUCGGGACCGAUAUCAUCAGCACCUCCGAACCCAAGAACGUCCAGGCCCUCUUGGCCACCCAGUUCAAGGACUUUGAGCUGGGCCAGGUCCGCCGCAACUCUAUGCACUGGCUGCUCGGCAGUGGCAUCUUCACUGCUGAUGGCGACCAUUGGUCUCGUUCCCGUGCUCUCCUCCGCCCCCAGUUCACCCGUGACCAGAUCAGCGACCUGGAUCUCGAGGAACGUCAUGUGCAGCAGGCCAUGAAGGCCAUGCCGGUUGACGCCACGGGCUGGACCCCCGCCACCGACAUCCAGACCAUCUUCUUCCGUCUGACCAUGGAUACCGCCACCGAGUUCCUCUUCGGGGAGAGUGUUCAGAGCCAGGCUGCCGCCCUCAGCAACGGUGCCAUUCCCCAGGACAACUUCCCCGCUCAGUUCGACCGUGGCCAAUGGUAUGCCGCUCAGCGCUCCCGCUUUGAGAAGCUCUACUGGAUUGUCGACAACAAGGAAAGCCGUGCGAUCAACCAGGCCGUUCACGCCUACGUCGACCGCUUCGUCAACGCUGCCCUGUCUUCUGACCCGGAGAAGAAGCCCGCCCACUACGUCUUCCUGCACGGUCUGGCCGAGGCCACUCGUGAUCCUGUCGAGCUGCGGUCGCAGCUGCUCAAUAUCCUCCUGGCUGGUCGUGAUACCACGGCGUCGCUGCUGAGUUGGUGUGUCCUGUUCUUGGCGCGCUACCCUGAUGUGUUCACUGCCCUCCGCUCUACUAUCCUGACCGAAUUUGGCACCUACACCCAGCCCCACGACAUCACCUUUGCCAACCUCAAGUCCUGCCGUCCCCUGCAGAACUUCCUGAAUGAAGUCCUCCGUCUCUACCCCAUCGUGCCCGGUAACCGCCGUACUGCUGUUCGCAACACUACCCUGCCGACCGGCGGUGGUCCCAGCGGCACGGAGCCCAUCUACAUCAAGAAGGGACAGUCCGUUUUCUACAGCACGUUCGUUAUGCACCGUCGUCCCGACCUAUGGGGCCCUGACGCGGACGAGUUCCGUCCCGACCGGUGGUCCGAGCGCAAGGUCGGCUGGGAGUAUCUGCCUUUCAACGGUGGCCCGCGUAUCUGCAUCGGACAGCAGUUUGCUCUGACCGAGGCCGGCUACGUGCUGGUGCGUCUCCUACAGCGAUUUGAUCGCUUCGAGGGUGUUGGUCCGACGGCCCAAGGAGAUGUCAAGAUGGCGGUGAAUCUGACGAAUGCACCGGGCGAUAACGUGACGGUGCGGUUACAUGAGGAUAGCCAGUAGGCUAUUUAUUCUGGGGCGGUUUGUUGGAUACCCGUUGGGAUGAUUAGCGUGAUUAUAGAUUGACAUGAUACUUUCUACCAAUGAAUUCUUAAGUGAGCCAUCA